CCACUACACUCCUCCUAUCUUACCUUUUCCUCACCACUCUUCUUCAACUCUCCCAUCAGGACCACGGGGAUGCGAAACACGGACACGCACAAGGAGAGGCUGGAGAACUUUACACGGCAGCCGACGUUUCAUUUGGGAUUGGCCGACUUUGUGAACAAAAGUGGUCGACUCUAAAAUCCGAGGGAAGAGGGGGUGGUAGUUUAGUGGGUGAUUUUGUUUUGUUUUCUUUUUUCUUUUUGAAGCACUAAAACAACUCAGCAGCCCUAUCAGCGUGUUUCCCAUAUGUCGCGAAAGCAGGUCGACCAUGACUACAACCUCCGUAGUAUGAGCAACCUGAUGGGCGAGCGCUGGAAGAAAGUGAACGAUGGAGGAGAGCGGAGUCUCAUCAAGGCUCCGUCCAACGCCAGCAUCAGCAGCAGUCAGGGCGCCUCCGCCGCGGCUUCUACCGCCGGUGCCCCCGCAGCACCCUCCUCAAACACCGGGGACCUAGAGAGGGCUGCCCGCAAGCAGUUCCAGCAAGAUGUCACGCCCGGCUUCGUCUACGUCCUGGCUGCCUUCUCCGCCCUGGGGGGGUUCCUGUUCGGCUACGACACCGGGGUGAUCUCCGGGGCGAUCCUCCUGCUGAAGAGGGAGCUGGACCUGAGCGCCCUGUGGCAGGAGGUGCUUAUAUCAAGUAGUGUGGCUGCAGCCGCCCUGUCAGCCCUGCUGGGCGGUUUCCUCAACGGGCUCUUCGGGCGCAGAGUGUGCAUACUGUUGGCCAGCUUCUUCUUCACUGUCGGGGGGGUCGUACUGAGCACCGCGCCUGGAAAGAAGGUUCUCUUAGCGGGGAGAGUCGUCGUCGGAGUUGGGCUAGGUAUUGCCUCUAUGACUGUGCCAGUGUACAUCGCUGAGGCCUCUCCUCCACACCUCAGGGGUCGGCUGGUGACUGUUAACACCCUCUUCAUCACCGGUGGACAGUUCACUGCCAGCCUCAUCGACGGCGCCUUCAGCUACAUGCAGCGCGAUGGAUGGAGGUACAUGUUGGGUCUGUCUGUGUUUCCUGCCGUGCUCCAGUUCAUCGGAUUCUUGUUCCUGCCGGAGAGCCCCCGCUGGUUAAUCCAGUGUGGGCUGACCCAGAAGGCCCGACGUGUCCUCAGUCAGAUCAGAGGCAACCAGAACAUUGAUGAGGAGUACGACAGCAUCAAGAACAGCAUCGAUGAGGAGGAGAGCGGAGGAGAAGGGCCGGUGAUCUGGCGGAUGCUGACCUACCCCCCCACUCGGCGAGCCCUUGUUGUGGGCUGUGGUCUUCAGAUGUUCCAGCAGCUUUCAGGAAUAAACACAGUCAUGUACUACAGCGCCACCAUCCUGCAGAUGUCAGGAGUGCGGGACGACAGGCUUGCGAUCUGGCUGGCUGGACUCACCACCCUCACCAACUUCCUGUUCACCCUACUAGGAGUGUGGCUGGUGGACAGGGUGGGGCGCAGGAAGCUCACCCUGGGCAGUCUCAUAGGUACUUGUUUGAGCUUGAGUCUCUUGGCCAUCGGUUUUCUGAUGUCUGCCCAGUACAGUCCUCCUGUCACCUUUCAUCCAUCGGACCCAUCUUUGGCCAACACUACCUGCUCCAAAUACCAGCUGUGUGAGCCCUGCAUGCUGGACCCGAGGUGUGGUUUCUGUUACCGUGAGAAUGGCUCAGCACUCUUCACCUCCUCCUGUGUUCCAGUCAAUAAGGCCACCACUGAGCACUCAGCAUGGGGCAGAUGCUCCAACUCCAGUUUGAUGAAAGAUCAGACGUACUGGGCCUACAACUACUGUCCCACCUCCUUCUCAUGGAUGGUUUUACUGGGUCUUGUGCUCUACCUGGCCGCUUUUGCUCCAGGGAUGGGUCCAAUGCCAUGGACCAUCAACUCAGAGAUCUACCCUCUGUGGGCAAGGAGCACAGGGAACGCUUGUGCAGCCGGAGUCAACUGGACCUUCAACAUCCUCGUGUCUGUCACCUUUCUCCACUUGGCGCAGUACUUCACUUACUAUGGAGCUUUCUUCCUCUAUUCCAGCUUGGCUUUGCUGGGUUUCUUCUUCAUAUUCGGGUGCCUGCCAGAGACAAAAGGCCGCCGUCUGGAGGAGAUUGAGGCACUGUUUGAAAACCAGCUUUGUUCCUGCGGGGCCUCAGAUUCAGACGAAGGACGGCAGGUUGAAUACAUUAGAGUCAAAGGUUCAAACUACCAUCUAUCGGACAACGACGCCUCUGAUGUAGACUAGUGUGCUUCGUAUCAGUAGACUUAAUUUUAGGUGUUUCACUCACUUUGGUGAUUACUGAAACAUGCUAAUGUGUUGUCUGAUUGAUUUUUCCUCUUCUGUAUGUAAGCAUAAGAGAGACCACUGGUCACUCUCAUUAAGCGGUAAAGAAUCAGUGUUUAAGACCUUUUGCUUGUAUCAGGAAUGUGAGUGAGUUCACUUUCAAAUCAGGAAUCUAAAUCCAAUGACAAUGCUUUUAUCAGCUAGUAGAAUGAGUAUGAAUAUUUGAUUUGUCUAUUCUUUAAAUUGAGGAUAAACUGACUCCAUCAUUGGUCAACCAUGUACACCAAAUACCUACAUUCAACACAUAACUGUCUUAGUGGACACUCGAACAGGAAACAUGACUGUUGAACACAAAUAUACACCACACUUCCCUCUCUCUUGAACACAGAUGAUAAUAUGCUCUACCAGGAUUUUUAAAUGAUUCUGUACAUAAAUUACAACAACUGAAAGAUGACACAGCCAUCCUAGCAUUAUGUCAGAAUAUGUUUCCAUUUAGAGCUCCAUCCAAAUACGUUGUUACAUGUGCUCUUUAAAACCAGGUCUGAGCAUCCACAGAAGUUGUGACUAUGGUUAAUCUGAGCUACCAUUAUGCCUUUCUAUAAGAAAUACAUCUCAUUUAAAUGUUCAUAAUGCUAGUAGUACAGCACACUAAUGUUAGCUCUUCAUCUGAUGAAAGUCGUAGUUUGUGCUCACUGAUCUUUCUUCAUGGAACGCAAACACCAGAGAUGUACAGUAUAUCGAUCAAGUUUAGAAAACUAGAAAUGUUAGUUGGUGCCUAAGCAAAACCACUCACCAAUCUAGUAGCACUGAAAGAAACAGGGUUGGUUGCUUUGGUUUAUUUAUUAUUCAUCUAUUUAAAACAUUGUUAUUUAUAUGAUAACUUUUGCAACAAAUAACUCAAAACCAUAGCUUUCUCAGGGUUAGAUCUUUAACCCCUUUGUCAGUUUUUAACUUCAUGCCAUGGAGUGUUCUUGUGUCACUCGGUUGCCAAAACCUGCAACAUGAACCCAUGUCAGACUCCUCUAUAUGUCAUGAACCACUCAUGGUUGGUGGUUGUUAUUGCAGGAUAUACUGUAGGAUGUAAUGACUAACUGACUAAUGCAUUUUUUUCCUGAUUGAGACUUGUAUUUUAAGUAUUUCAUUACACCUUGAAGAUUAUAAUAUUAGUGCCUGUGUAUUGUGAAGGUGCCUAAUGGCUGUUUUUGAGUCCAAAUCCCUGAACUUGAUGUAUUAUGUCAUGGUAUGUCAUGUAUGUUAAGAGAAGUGGGUCUACAUAGCUUUUUAUUUAUUUGACAUGUACAUAAAUGCAACUUCAAAAGUGAUGAAAUAUUAUUUUUUUACUAUGAUUUCAUGUUUUUAGAUUUUUGUCUUCCUCCAUAGCCUUAUGUACAAAAAGCAAAGCAUAUCUAUGUGGUUUUUUGUGUCAACAUUCAAGGAGUAAGCUUUAGGGUAAUUUGCAAUGUUGUUUUGUAAAUUUGUAUAACUUUGUGAGGUAACAUCUUUUGGUCAGAUAUUCAGAUGUUUUUGUGUAGCAAAAACUCUUGAAAGUAGACUACGUAGUACCUUUGUGUAAUAAUACAGAUUAGGUAUAUAAGGCGGAGCUGUAACUGUGUCCAAUGAACAGGUUUCUCUCUAAGAGAUCAUGUAAACUGCAGUGGUUCUCAACUGGUGGGUCGGGACCCAAAAGUGGGUAGCAGAACCGUUUUCAGUGGGUCGCAAAUGUGUGCCUGGAAAAAAAACUUUAUCAAAGUCUAUAAAUCGAUUUUAAACAUGUUUGUUUCGUUCCAUUUCAUCGCUCUGCGUCACAUGUUUUGUACCGCCUAAGGACAAAACUGCACAAUUUUUAAGUACUCUGAUUGGUUGAAAAAUAUCCUAAAUUUGGGGACGCAUUUGUCAUGAAGCAGUUAGUGGUGGGUCCUGAGGAUACAUCAGUCGAGAACCACUGAUGUAAAGGACGAUUCUUAAAUUAGGCAAACUGGUCUCAAUCCAUUAUUAACUGGUGAGAUAUAAUAUCAUUGUUAAAUAAACUUCUCAAAUAAGAAGCUG